GACAUACACCCUCCUUCCCACUGAGAGGCAGUGUGGAGCCACCUUCCAUUCACCUUACUGCACAAAAGAAAGGAAAAAAAACUUUCCUAAAUUCAUUGUCCAUGCUUAACGUCAUGGAAAGAGUUACUUUGUUGCAGAACGGAUAAGAAGAGCAUCUUAAACGAUUUAAGAAACUUGUGUUCGGGUGUUUCCCGAGCCUCAGCUGAGAUCAUACACAGCGUUUGUAUUUUGCAUUAUGUUGGGGCUGGAUGCUUGCGAACCUGUUUUGUUCUGAAAAUGGAGCAAGUUCCUCAAGGAAUGUGGAUCAAACCCAGAAUGCACUAGGAUGUAGUCAUUGCUCAUUGGUCUCCGCACCGUCAAAAAUGCUAUUCUUCUGCCUCGGGCACUUUGUUUCUGUACUGGGACUAAAGGUUGCUAAAUGUUUUGAUAUUAUUUCACGUUGGGAUGUAUAACAGAGCCAAUUUGGUGUGGAUUGCUUUUCUUGCAUCAAGGCGAACGAUAACGUCUCUCCAAGGGAUUACAGUGAUCGUCUCCAUCUUUCCAAUUGUUUCAUGGAAAUAACUUUUUUUUUGAUCGAGCCGGUGCGUCUGUGGUUGGAGAUGGCGAGUUGAUUUUUGAUGUAUUUGUUCAAGUGACAUUGGUCCUGCACAUAUUGGUAUGACUGGUAAUUCAUGGAAUGCUUGAAAAUAGAUUUCUUGCAAAGUUAUAGAGUUAACUGUAGCGGAAUAUUUCCUUUUUAGCUCUUUGAACAUAAUCGCAGUUGCUAAUUAGGCGUUUGUAACACAAGAAAAAAAGUUAGACGAUAGGUUAUCUAACGUAAGUGAUAAUUAAGCCUAGUUCUCGUGAAACGUUUUAGAGACUAGUGACAAUUAAACAUUAAAGCACGCCUCUGGGAUAACUUGUUUGUAAACAGCCGAGGCUGGGACUUCUCUGUAGACUUUCAUUCGCAUGAAAUUUAUGAAAACCAAGAUGACGUCAACUGCAUAAUUGAAAGCAUUAAAGCUUCUAACAGCUUUCUUGUUGUUGUGUAUCUUGUACCAUUUCCAAAUGGCCUACAGGCUUCUCACACAGUAUUUUGCAAUGAGUUGAAAGGAACAAAAAGAAACUGUAAAAUAUCCAAGGUACUAACCCUUUUAUGUGUAAUUCCAUUGUUGUUUAACUUGUCAGCAUAGAGAGUCACAAUGCCACUCAAAGCUAAGGCGCUAUAUACUUUCCAAAGUGAAAAUACGGACGAAAUUAAUAUACAGGAGAAUGAGGAACUGGUUAUUUUUGACGAGAAGUCUAUGGAUGGCUGGUUGCGAGGAGAGAACAGCAAAGGAGAGAAAGGCAUUUUCCCAGCCUCUUAUGUGGAGGUUAUUAGGCCACGCUCCAACUCUAACCUGACAGAUUGCUCCCUAAGCCCAGCAGGCUCCCCUGGCAAUGACUCUUCCUACUUUCCCUCUGGUUCCAACACCUCUGGUUCCUUUAACAUGCCGCAGAGUUUCUAUGACGACGACGAUGACGACUGGGAUGACUGGGAUGACAGCUCCACAGUGGUUGAGGAUGAAGACCCCCAGGGCCGAGGCAAUGGAGCCAAUGGGCAUGCUCACCAAAGCUCCUUCAAUAACCCCAAUGUUCACUACCGCUCCAAGCCUCACAUGGAAAGACAGGACAGCAUUUCCAGCUCAAGAAAGGGCAGCAUGGUGGGUAGAAACCUCAACCGUUUCUCUAGCUUCGUUCGCUCUGGGGUAGAAGCCUUUGUUCUGGGCGAUGUGCCGAUGAUGGCUAAAAUAGCAGAGUCUUACACCAUAGAGAUGGCCCCCAAAGGGCCAAAGUGGGGGGACAGCCCUCAGCCCUUUUCCUGCUCCAUUGAGGACCCCACUAAGCAGACCAAGUUCAAGGGCAUCAAGACCUAUAUAUCCUACAGAGUAACCCCGAGCCACACUGUCCGGCCUGUGUACCGGCGUUACAAGCACUUUGACUGGCUAUACAACAGGUUACUGCACAAGUUCACUGUCAUAUCUGUGCCCCAUCUGCCUGAGAAGCAAGCGACAGGCCGCUUUGAGGAGGACUUCAUCGAAAAGCGCAAGAGACGGCUAAUCCUCUGGAUGGACCACAUGACCAGUCACCCGGUCCUCUCGCAGUAUGAGGGCUUUGAGCACUUUCUCAUGUGUGCGGACGAUAAGCAGUGGAAACUGGGGAAGCGGCGAGCAGAGAAGGACGAGAUGGUGGGUGCCCACUUCAUGCUCACCCUAAAGAUUCCCAAUGAGCAUCAAGACCUGCAGGAUGUUGAGGAAAGGGUGGAUACCUUCAAGGCCUUUGCCAAAAAGAUGGAUGACAGUGUGAUGCAGCUUACGCAUGUGGCCUCUGAGCUGGUGCGUAAGCACCUUGGAGGCUUCCGAAAGGAAUUUCAAAGACUGGGCAAUGCCUUCCAGUCCAUAAGCCAGGCUUUCAUGCUGGAUCCCCCUUGCAGCACAGAUAAUUUGAACAAUGCAAUCUCCCACACUGGCCGCACUUACGAAAACAUUGGAGAAAUGUUUGCUGAGCAGCCCAAGUUUGACCUUUUUCACAUGCUGGACAAACUCUCUCUUUACCAAGGCCUGCUCUCCAACUUCCCAGACAUCAUUCACCUACAGAAAGGUGCCUUUGCCAAGGUGAAAGAGAGCCAGCGAAUGAGCGACGAGGGCAAGAUGGACCAGGAUGAGGCCGACGGCGUGCGCAAGCGCUGCCGGACCGUGGGCUUCGCCCUGCAGGCUGAAAUGAACUACUUCCACCAGCGGCGUGAGGUGGACUUCAAGGAUAUGAUGCAGGCUUACCUCCAGCAGCAGAUUGUCUUCUACCAGCGUGUGGUCCAGCAGCUGGAACGUACCCUGCACAUGUAUGAUAGCAUCUAGAGCCAUGGCAUGUUCCUCACACCUACCCCAGAACCCCUUCACCCCGCCCCACCCUCAACCAAUCCCUCCAUCCUCGUUGACCAGGGCCGGCCCUGUCCCACAUUCCUGCUUCUGAAAGCCAUCUGUUUUCCUCCUCCACUGAUUGGCGAGAGCUUUGAACAUAGGUGUGAAUAUCAGGGAAUUCAGUUAAAUUGUUUUAACUUUCCCUGGAAAUGGAAUCACCUGUUACAACUGACAGCUGUUUCAGGACAGCUACUCUUUAAGCUGGUCAUGCCAGCCUGUGCACUUACAAAGUCACUUUCUUGGCUGAGUCUACAGCCAACGUUUUAGUUACCAGGGACGUAUUUACUUCUGCCUUCGAUUGAAAGUCUUUCAAAUGUAUCUUGUGACCAUUAACUAGUUUUAAAUUGCUACAAAGUAUCUUAUUUAAAUGUCUUAAAUAAGAUUUUUUUUUUUUCAGUAUGAAUUUCAGUGGUUUUGCUAGGCUGGUGUCGACCAAACCCACUCAGGCCUCCGCACUACCUGCCUGGGGCAGCCUCCCCUCCAGGCCAGCACUGUGCCCUAGCACCCUCACAGCUUUAAGAAAUGAGGAUGCGUAAAGGGAAAUACCUUAUUCCUUGCAUCCGUUUAGUGGUCCCAACAAGUGCCUGUGGCAGGAGAGAGAGAGAGAGCACAGUUCUUGGUGUUACUUUUUGUUCUUUACUAAACAGAUCCUCUCUUGUCUCUCUGCUUUCUUGGGUAGAACAGUUAUAUCCUUGCUGUGCUAGUGUAAAAGCCUCAGGCCUCGGGGCUGGCUGGAUGUUUGUAUCUGUGAGGCUUCAUUUGCUUAUGAUUGCAACUUUUCUCCUGUUGAGAAAGAGUCAAACACUACACUGAUUGGCAAAACUUGAUAUGAGCAAGAACUGUGCUGUAAGGCUUGAUGUGAUGUGUUUAAAGAUGGAAUUGAUGUUGUAGCAUGCUGUGUGACUGAUGACAACCAAAGUACAAACAAUUAUUGUUAUAGUCCAAAUGUGUGAGUGAUUGAAUGCCUGGUUGCUCUGUGGCUUGUGCACUUUACAGAGCACUGGGAUUCUGAGGUAUUAGCUGGCGUGUUCUGUUGAACACAUAUUUGAUUUUAGAUUAAAAAAAAAUAAUGACCUCUAAAGUCCACUAAUUGUUUAUGUUUUGAGUUCUACUUUGAAGGGGUGGGGGUGUGUGUGUGGGUUGAUGAGUUGACAUGCUGAUAUACAGCAGAGCGUGACAACCAUGUACCCAUGUCGCUUCUCAAUCCCACAAUUUGGAACUACACAAUCACGCAAAGGGUGACCUCAGCUCUGUAGGCUGCUUUUACCUCAGGCUCUGUGUAGACACAGUGGAGUGUUUCCAGUUCACUGGAAGCCUGUAAAAUGUAUGACUGUAUCUGAGUCAGGACUGCAUGGUGCCUCCGUGGCUGUUUCUCCAGAACAUUACAAGGCACCGUUUGUCUGAACUUGGGGGUAUAUAUAUGCCAUCUCUGGAAUGUAGUUGUCUCUUGGACACUUUUUAUUGUUCACAGACCAAAGUAAAAUUUGUCAGUUUGUUCCCAAAAAUGGUACUUGUGUUAUGUUAAAGUCAAAGCAAAGAUUCACUGCUUGCUUU